AGUAUAUACCAGUAUGCCAAAUUAUUGCCUAUAUAUAUGAGUUGAGUAAGGAGAUAAGGUCGGAUGGCUAUCUGAGAGAGAUCCAAAAGCUAUAGAGUCUUUGUCAGCAAAUUAAAGAGAUCGAGCGAGGCAGAAGAACAGAACAAAGCUAGCAGCCAGCAGCCAGCAGCCAGCAGACAUGGGGAGGGCUCCAUGCUGCGACAAGUCGAGUGUGAAGAAAGGGCCCUGGUCACCUGAGGAGGACAGCAAGCUCAAGGAGUACAUCCACAAGAAUGGCACCGGCGGCAACUGGAUCGCUCUCCCUCACAAAGCUGGUCUCAAGAGGUGCGGCAAGAGCUGCAGGCUGCGGUGGCUCAACUAUCUGAGGCCAAACAUAAAGCACGGUGACUUCUCUGACGACGAGGACAGGAUCAUCUGCAACCUCUUCGCUACCAUCGGCAGCAGGUGGUCGAUCAUCGCAGCGCAGCUGCCCGGGAGGACGGACAACGACAUCAAGAACUACUGGAACACCAAGCUCAAGAAGAAGCUCAUGCAUGGCCUCCAGCCUUACAACCACCACAGCUCCAAGAAGAAGCAGCAGCAGCAGCAGCUCUUGUUCCUAACCGCGUCAUCAGCCGCACCGCCGGAAGCAGCUGGUCCCUCGUCUCUGCAUCACUACUCGUCUCUUCAUGAUCAUUAUUCUCACCACUACAGCAGAAGCGGCAGCUACGGCUCCAGCAACAGCUCGACGUCCGUCCUCUCCGCCGCCGCCGGCAGCUGCGACCUCCUUGUCAACGGCGACCAUCAUCAUAUUCAUUCGACGACGAUCCCAUCCUGUUUGGACAGUGGCGGCGGCCUUGGCUUGUACUUGGAUGAGCUCUGCGCCACCACCACCAGCAGCGUCGUCCAUGGGCAGGGGCUUAGCCCGGACCCGGAGAGCUUCGUCUUCGGCGGCUUUCAGCAGUUGCUGGAGGAGGACCACCACAAGGCACUGCUCCUCGCCGCCGGCGCCGCUAACCAGCUGGAUCAACAGCACAGCGCCGCCGCCUCCAGCUUCUACGACGAGGCCAAGCCGUUAGUUAGCCUGACGGGCGGCGGCAAUGGUGCCGGCGGUACAAGUACAGGUAGCAGCUUCUUCUACGACAGCAGCUACAGCAACAACGAGAGCUAGUGCAAGCAGGAGCCCGACGACAAUGGCGACAAGGGAGGUUCCUUCAUUGAUUAAUCACAAUGAUCAUAAGCCACGUACUGUAUUCGUACCAUAUAGCAGGAUGAGCUAGCUACUCCAUGUGUGUUACUCCGUGCGUAUGUUAAUGUGAUUACGUACAAUUAUUCAAUUAAUUACCUGUUAUUAUGGUGA